UGGGCUUUCUAUGAGUCCGAUGCACACAAUAUUAUAUAUAGCCGGCCUCUCUCCUUCUUAUCAUCGCCAUUCGCAACACACUGACGCCUCUCUCUCUCUCUCUCUCUCUCCCUCGUCGCUCUCCUCCUUCAACUUAGUUGAAGAUUCAAAAAGCAGGAAACCGUUGGAGGAACAGUAGCAAGAGAUAGCCAUGGCUGGAAACCAAUUGGGAGUGCUUAACGCUCUUGAUGUGGCCAAGACUCAAUUGUACCACUUCACGGCAAUUGUCAUUGCCGGAAUGGGAUUCUUCACUGAUGCAUACGAUCUGUUCUGUAUCUCCCUUGUGUCCAAGUUACUCGGCCGAAUUUACUACACAAAACCAGGUGCAGUGAAGCCCGGCACAUUGCCUCCUAACGUGGCUGACGCUGUUAACGGCGUGGCGCUUUGUGGCACUUUGGCUGGCCAGCUCUUCUUCGGCUGGCUUGGUGACAAAUUGGGUCGCAAGAAGGUGUACGGUAUAACCCUUAUUCUCAUGGUGGUCUGCUCCAUUGGCUCAGGGCUCUCGUUUGGACACUCGCCAAACAGUGUCAUGGCCACGCUCUGUUUCUUCCGGUUCUGGCUCGGCUUUGGCAUUGGCGGAGACUAUCCCCUUUCCGCUACAAUUAUGUCUGAAUACGCGAACAAAAAGACUCGUGGGGCGUUUAUCGCCGCUGUUUUUGCCAUGCAAGGUUUUGGAAUUUUGGGUGGUGGGAUUGUUGCUUUAAUUGUGUCGAGCGCAUUCAGGAACAAAUACAGCCCUCCCGCAUACGAGGUUGAUGCAGCAGCCUCGCUACCACCGCAAGCUGACUACGUGUGGCGCCUGAUUCUCAUGUUCGGAGCUCUCCCGGCCGCCCUCACAUACUACUGGCGUAUGAAAAUGCCCGAGACUGCGCGUUACACUGCCCUGGUGGCGAAGAACGCAAAACAGGCGGCGGCAGACAUGUCUAAGGUGCUACACGUGACUCUUGAAGCUGAGGAGGAGAAACUCGAAAGGAUUAAUACUCAAGAGCACUCAUUUGGGUUAUUCUCCAAAAGAUUUGCGAAACGCCACGGGCUUCACUUGGUCGGAACCACUACCACUUGGUUCUUGCUGGACAUUGCCUUCUACAGCCAAAAUCUGUUCCAGAAGGAUAUCUUCACCGCGAUUGGGUGGAUUCCAAAGUCACAGACAAUGAGCUCACUCGAAGAGGUUUUCAAGAUUGCAAAGGCGCAAACACUUAUAGCAUUGUGCAGUACCGUGCCCGGGUAUUGGUUUACGGUGGCUUUCAUUGACUAUCUGGGUCGGUUUACAAUUCAAUUGAUGGGUUUCUUCUUCAUGACUGUGUUCAUGUUUGCGCUUGCUAUCCCGUACCAUCACUGGACUCUGACGCCCAACAGAAUUAGCUUCGUCGUAAUAUACUCCUUGACCUUUUUCUUCGCCAACUUUGGACCCAAUGCCACCACAUUUGUUGUGCCGGCGGAGAUUUUCCCUGCGAGGCUAAGGUCUACGUGUCAUGGAAUAUCAGCCGCUGCGGGGAAGGCAGGAGCUAUAGUUGGGGCGUUUGGAUUCUUGUAUGCUGCCCAAAGCCAAGACCCGAAACAAGUAGAUGCCGGGUACCCGACUGGCAUCGGGGUCAAGAAUUCCCUUCUUGUGCUUGGAGGAAUUAACUUCUUGGGAAUGGUGUUUACCUUCUUGGUCCCGGAAUCGAAGGGAAGAUCGUUGGAGGAAUUGACGGGAGAGGAGGAGGAUGAAACUGCGGGGCAGGCCACCGAGGCCGGUGGUAGUAGGACUGUUCCAGUGUGAUUGAUGAUUUGGGCCGGUUUUCCAUAUCAAGUACUUUAUGUGAGAUGUUGAUUUGUGGUUUCUAUUUUUCAACUUUAUUAUAUGCAAUUAAUAUUGCAAUAAUUAAGGAGAUAUGUGCUUUGGCUCGUUUUAUGUGAGGGGGUUUGAUUGCUGCACAACACCCACAUAACAUGGGUAUAACACCUCCUUACAUGAGAGUGGAGCUCACACACUAGGGUUCACUCUCAUGUGAGAGGGUGUUGUGUGAAUGUUGUAAAACUAACAUUUUCCUUAUGUGAGAUGUUUGCAUUUAGAGGACUGAUUGAUGUACUACACCAACACAACAUGAGAACAGUUUUGUGGGCUCCACCUCAUGUGAUAGGCUGUUGUACCAUAUGAAAAAUGUUAAAUUUACAACACCAAUACAACAACUGUACAAUAAUCAUUCACGUACAUAAGGGUGAGUCCUACAUACUGGGGCCCACCCUCAUGUGAGGGGUUGUUGUACAGUUGUUGCAUUGGUGUUGUACAAGAAUCAAAUCUCGUACCAUAUUGUGUUGGUGUCGUAAAGGUAGAAUUUUUCCUUGCAUUUAUUUGUCUUCUUUGAAAUAUUUGUAGCAAAACUUCCGAGUUGUCUUGAAAGUUAAUAUCAUUGAAUUAUUGUUUUCUCUUUU